AUGGGAAUUUUUCUACAAAAACUGAACAUACUUCGCGAUUUUGUGGAGGAUCUGGAUGAAAAACGAAGAUUCUGGCCAAAGGAAAUUUGGCAUCAAUAUGUUUCAGAAAUUGAAGACUUAGUUCUUAUUGAGAACAGGCAAAAAGCCUUAAAUUGUCUUUCCGCUAUCGUGUUAACCACUUUACUCCAUGUAUCUGAUUGUUUGAAUUAUUUAAGUCAACUUGACGAUCCUGACAUUUUUUCUUUUGCUGCAAAGCCACUUGUUAUAGGAUAUAGUACUUUAGCAUCUACUUUCAAAAAUUAUGAUUCUUAUAAGAAAGUCGUAAAGAUUAGAAAAGGAGAAGGUGCCAAACUUGUUUUCAGAUGUACUAAUAUAUCAGAAGUUUCAAAAAUGUUUUUUGAGUAUACUCAAGUAAUAAUUUCAAAAAAUAAUGAUCCACAAGAUCCAAGUUUUGCCAAAAUUAAUGAUAUUUGUGAACAGAUUAUAAAAUUGUGUAAAGAAAACAUGAUUCCGACUAAAAUUUGA